AACCUCCAAACUGUCCGCGUAGCGGAAAGCGUCGCGUUGUGCCUAUUUAUUUUUGUUUUAUUGCUUUAUUUCUUCCAGAUUUGUGGCAGUUGAACUAAAUCGGCCAAUUCUGAAGUAUUUUUCAACUAAAGUGUCAUGGCACCGACCAUAAAAAAUGGUGCCACGCCUGAAAAAAGGCCAGUUAGACCUGCCGACAGAAGGUCGGACUUCAUCUGUAGAGUAAGAUAUAACAACACUUUACCAGACAUUCCAUUUGACACGAAAUUCAUCCAAUACCCUUUUAAUCCAAAUAGAUUCAUUGAGUACAAACAGACGUCCUUAGAAAAGAACUACAAAUAUGAAGUUUUAACAGAACAUGAUUUAGGAGUGAACAUUGACCUUAUCAACAAAGAUGCAUAUGCAAUAGAUUAUAAUGCAGUGCUGGAUCCAAAGGAUGAGAAACUGUUGGAAGAAGACAACUUCACCCCUCAGGAUUCCAAGAGGUCAAGACAUCAUGCAAGGAGCGUUUCUUGGUUACGUAGGACUGAGUACAUCUCAACCGAGCAAACCAGAUUCCAGCCCCAAACAAUGGAAAAAGUCGAAGCAAAAGUUGGAUUUAGUAUUAAGAAAACGUUCAAGGAUGAAGUACUGUACAUGGAUCGAGAUAGUCAAAUUAAGGCCAUCGAAAAAACCUUUGAAGAUGUGAAGAAACCUAUUACACACCAUCCUAGCAAGCCAAAUGUUACACCUGUUUCAAUCACUGAAGUCUUUCCAGAUUUCAAGAUGUGGAAGUAUCCAUUCGCACAAGUUUUAUUUGACUCUGACCCUGCUCGACCCGGUCGGUCAUCUGCAGAACAAGAGGAAGAAAUGUCGCAAGCCAUGAUUCGGGGUGUGAUGGAUGAGGAAGGUAACCAGUUUGUCGCUUACUUUUUACCGACUGAGGAGACUCUAGAAAAGAGGAAGAGAGACUUCGCAAACAAUGUUGACUAUGUUGAUGAUGAAGAAUAUGAGUACAAAAUUGCUCGGGAUUACAACUGGAAUGUCAAGAAUAAAGCUUCAAAGGGCUAUGAAGAGAAUUACUUGUUCGUUAUGCGAGAAGAUGGUGUAUUUUACGAUGAAUUAGAGACCAGAGUCCGACUCACUAAGAGACGUCAGCCAGGUCAAGCUCUCAGCUUUACAAGGUUAGUCCUCAAACAUAGACCAACUGACGCAGCCGAGUUUAAGAAUCACCGAAUGCGAGAGAAACAAUUGGAACCGCCCGGAGAAGAAGAGGAAGAAGAAGAUGAAGAAGAAGAGGAAGAAGAGGAGGAAGAGAAGGAAGGAGAAAAGAAUGAAGAAGGGGAAAAAGAUAAAGACAAGGACGCGAGCAAAGAUGAUAAGAGUGAUGAAGAGAAAGGAUCAGAUGAUGAUGAUGCUAAAUCAGUCACCUCUGCUAGGUCCAAUAGGUCAGAUAGAUCUGGAUCAAGAUCCAGAUCAAGAUCGAAGUCCAGAUCAAGAUCGAAGUCCAGAUCAAGAUCGAAGUCCAGAUCAAGAUCGAAGUCUAGAUCAAGAUCUAAGUCCAGAUCUAGGUCUAAGUCCAGAUCCCGGUCUGUAUCCAGAUCUAAAUCUAGAUCGAGAUCGAGGUCAAAAGGAUCAGAUGAUGAUGAUGCAAAAUCAGCCACUUCUGCCAGGUCUGGUAGGUCGGAUAGAUCUGGAUCUGCAAGAUCAAGAUCAAAGUCCAGGUCCAGAUCAAGGUCCAAGUCUAGGUCCAGAUCAAGAUCCAAGUCUAGGUCCAGAUCAAGAUCCAAGUCUAGGUCCAGGUCCAAGUCCAGGUCUAGAUCCAGGUCCAAGUCCAGGUCUAGAUCCAGGUCCAAGUCCAGAUCUAGAUCUAGGUCCAAGUCCAGAUCUAGAUCCAGGUCUAGAUCUAUUUCUAAGUCCAGAUCUAGAUCCAGGUCUAAGUCAGGAUCCCGGUCUGUAUCCAGAUCUAAAUCUAGAUCGAGAUCAAGAUCGAACAGUGAAUCAGAAAGCUCGGUAAAAUAAGUUGUCAAUCAAUCUAGUUCUGGGAUGGAAGAGAGAUACAUUUAAUUUAGCAAAUAGAUCAUGCAACGAAAUUUUUCAUAGACCAUGAAACACGUUUGUUAGUUUGUUUCCCAAGAGAAGAAUUAACGUGUUACAUACCUAAAUUCAUUUGUCACAUUUUAACCCUUUGCUCCCUUCCAUGCAAGUGAUGAAAAAUUCUCAGAAAUUAAAUUUUCAUUUUUGGAUUUGCUAACAAUUUCUGACCUUGUUAAACAGUAUUGUCAAUUAUGUCAAGUCAUUAAUCACUUUUGGAAACUUGUAAGUUCAUCAGAAAACUUUGGUUACAGUAGAAUUGAGCUUGUAGUACUAUGCAGAAUGGCAUGUGCUCUUUUCAAUACCUCUUUCUGAUGCAAUCUUUUUCUAUUGACUUCAUGGAUUUUUCUGACACAUUUUAAUCAUGACUUCUUAAAUACCAACCCAUUUAAGCACCUUGGACAGUGCGUUGUUUAGUUUUUUCAUGUAUUUUACUUAUACCAGAUGGAUUUGACCUCUUACUGGAUUCCUUUUUUGUAAAAUAUGUACAUUUUGCAGUGUAAAAAAACCUUACCCAUCAAUAAAAAGUAUUUUGACUUUUGUUGGA